UGCUCUUCCCCGCGUCACAAUGGCUCGAGAGGACCUCACGAAGCUUUCGUCGUCCACCUUCCCCGUCAUGGUCGUCUAGAGUGAUGGCUAUCGGGUCAAAGAAGCCUAGGCGUCUCUUUGCCUUGAACAUGGACGAAGAUGGGUGAACAUGGAAGCUCAGGGUUUCCCAUUCCGUUGAGAGAUCUAGAAGAGACUCCAUCGACAUAGUACCUAAACUCCUUGCUCAAAUAUUGACUAUUUUAGUUCACUCCAUAACUACCAAGCUCUCCAUGACUGAUUUACUUCAGCCCCGAACCAACGACAUGAACCACGAACCACGAAAGCCAUGCCGAUACCCAGACUCCUCUACCUGCCGCCAGAAGUGCUCCUAGAGAUGUGUGAACACCUAGCAGCACCGAUGCAAGACGCAUGCUCGAGGCACUUGUACUGGUCUCUUUUCCCCGGCCACAGCAGCAUCGCCUUCCGAAGAACAAAGCUGGCCAACGUCCUCGCAUGCGGUGUACCCCUUGCUCGACUGAUGCGGACCUGCAGAGCCAUGCACUCGAUGGCGGGCCACGAGAUCUACUCUUGCUACUACGACAUCCUACGCGAAGCACUCUUCCCAGACCUUUGUCUUUUGUUAAACAUUCCGGUUCCUGCACGCUUUGUUCGUCGUUUCCGAUUACCUUGA